AUGUCUUUUGCUCAGAACAUGGAAUCGCCAGAAGUGACCAUUGUAGAUACUUAUUUUGAAAGAUUCCGCUCCGGUGAAACAUUUAAAUAUCGUUGUACGUUGUGUAAAGGCAGAGCAAUGAAUAAGAUUGAUAAGCACAAGGGAUUACCCAAUCACAUAGCUAUGAUAGCUGCUCGAGAGGCUGCUGAUCGUGAGAAUCAACAUCAUCUCGGUUCGUUCCUUCAAAAUGACGAAAUGGAUUCUUCGGACAAGCAAGAAGUAGCAGAACAAGACCAAGAGGAAGAGAUGAUCAAUAGUGACAGAUCAUCACCAGCAUGUCAGGGUUAUACCGAGGCUCUGAUGCAACUUCUAACUGGAAAUUACGGUGACUCCGAAUCCGAACAUUCAGAUAGCUCUGAAGAAACUCAAAAGCGUCCCGAGCUCGCUGACGUCAACUGGGAUGCAAUUCUGAUGAACAAGUUGCAAGACGACAUGGAUCAAAGCUCAAUGACCUCGGAAAGUCCAUCAAGUGAUUCAGGCAUGGACAACAACAUAAUUGAAGAAGACAAAACAAAAGACACACCUCGAAUUGAUACAGACUGGUAUCCGUUCACAAAGGAGCAGAUUGUGGGACUGUUAUCUUCAGGAUCUGGACGCCACCUGGUAUCAGAGACCGAGUAUGAGCAUAAUCGAAUGUUGUUUGCUAUAUGCAACAUCUCUCUACCAGCGUACAAAACUCUAGGACGAUUGCGAUCAAGGAUGUGUGCACGGUUUGGAAUAAAUGUACAAGAGUGGCAGAGUGCCCUCCAAAACCCGUGCUAUGGACUCAGUAUUAAAGAGAUUGUGGGUCAGGAGCUUUCAAAUCCCGUGUAA